CUCUUCUUUUUCCUUCUUAUUGAUUAUUGCUUGACCAUUUUCCACAAUGGACAGUAAACUCCUGCAAGACAUUCAUAAUGGAAGAAAGCUAAAGAAAGCAGUUACCAAUGACAGAUCGGCUCCACAAGUUGGUAACACAAAGCCAAGUGCACCCUCAUCUGGAGGAGGAAUGGCUCGACCACCCAUGCCAGGCAUGGGAGCCGGCACGGGCGGUGGCAGUAGUAAUGUUGCAUCGGCCGCAUCGACUUCAGCACCGAGUUUGGGAGGAGGUCCACAACUAGGUGGUCUUUUCGCUAACGGAAUGCCAACUCUGCGCAAAACCCGAGGAGCUGCAGUUGCGACGGGCCGAGGCCAAACGUCAGGUAAUUUAUAUAAGUAAAAGGGUGGGAUUGAAAAUGAGGCAACAAGUAAGCUGACAGUUUGCAAUUAUGUAGAUCCGGCAUCAGCUGCACCAACACCACCUGUACCUUCUGGCGGCGGUUCGGCACGCUUUUCAUUGCCUGGCAAAGCGCCUACCCCGGCCUCGUCGACUCAAACCCUUCCUCGAUCGUUCAAAGCUCCUCCGCCUAUUCCUGGUCGUAGUUCGCCAGCUCCUCCAAGUGGUGGAGCGCCACCACCACCACCUCCUCCUCCUCCACCCCCACCUCCAGCAGGAGGAGCAGGAGCAGGAGCACCACCACCACCGCCGCCGCCGCCACCUCCGCCACCGCCUGGAGCAGCAGCUCCA